GGUCCCUGCUUCUCUUGCCUAUGAUGCCAAAAUCCAUUCAUUGAACUCAAAUCAUGGCUGGAGCUGAUGGGGCUGACUGAACCUGCCUCCGAUGCCCCUCCCCUGCCCCACGCCCCUCUUCCUCCUAUCCUGCCCCAAGACCCUCUUCCUCCUAUCCUGCCCCACGCCCCUCUUCCUCCUAUCCUGCCCCACGCCCCUCUUCCUCCUAUCCUGCCCCACACCCCUCUUUCCCCUGUUGCCCCCACCUCUCUUUCCCGCAAGACUCUCUUCCACGACUUCCCUCCCCAACUGUCCCCACAAGGUCCUCUCUCCCAGCCUGCCCCCCACCCCUGCCCCUCUCUCCUAUACCUUCCCUCUCCCACCGCCUAAGCCCAACACGCCCCACCUGGUUCCCAUUUCCUCCCUCCCUCCUCUCCCCCCUCCCCUGCCCCUCCCGCCAGCCACCCCGGAAGCUCCGCCCAUAUUUGAUGUCUCAGCUGCCCCCAUUUCACUGCUCCCCUUCCCCCGGAAAACACCAGAGAGGAGGAAGAGAUCCGGGCGUUUCUCCGUCCCCCCAACAGUGAGGCUGUGUUGGGGGGUUCCCCGAUCCUCCUCCCCCCACGCCGUGACUCUUGUGUAUUUCUGUCCCCAGCUCUUGUCACCGCCUGAGACCUCGCGAGACCCUCGGUCCCCCCCUCCCCUUCCCCCCAGGUUACGAGAAAUCCCGCAGCCUGAGCAGCAUCGCGGGCCUGAGCGGGGUGUCCCUGCGCCUCGCGCCCCUUGCCACCCCCCCUGGCUCUCCCCGGGCCACCCGCCGCGCUCCCCCUACCCUGCCCUCCAUCCUCUAGCGCUCCCCUCCCCCCUGUGGGGGGACUCGGGGGUGACCAGGAAGAAGGUCAAAGGAGCUGGGGGUGGGGGGGUGGGGAAUGGGUUUUUUUUUUACAAAAAAAAAUCAAAGUCAAUAAUAUGCAAACGAGAUGAUGACGCCAGCAGACACCCCCGGGCCCCUCACCCCCCCACACCUGGGGCCCCAGGAUGGAGGGAGAGGGGCCAAAGCCCAUCCCCCCAACUCUUCCCUCCUCCCCCUAAAAAAAAAAAGCCUUCUCAGGUCUCCAUGAGCCAUAGGACACCCCCCUCCCAUCGACUCAGUGUAAAUAAGUCCAAAUUAUGCCAAUUACAUCUUGGGGCACCUCCCCCCACACUCUGCAUGCCCCCUAUCCUGGACCCCCUACUCCAACUCCACGUCAGCAAUAAGCCGCCAGGGGCUGCACGCUCGAGUUUGAGGGAAGGGGCACCCUGGGAAGGAGGCUGGCCUCUCGAGGGGGGUCCGGCUGGCCUCCUACCCUUCAUCCCAGGAGGGCAACCAACCAUCCUGAGCAGGGAAAACAAAAACUUUGAAUUACGUUGGGGGAGGGGGGACCGUUUCCCCAGGCCCCAACCGGGGGUUGGGUUCGGAGGACACGAGACCUGCACCCGGAAUUCCUGA